UCAGUGCGACAUUGAUGCUGUGAAGUAGACGACGCCACGGGUGCAUCACACAAACGAGGGAGCUCUAUCGUCAGUCGUCGCAAGACGGGAACAUCUGUCGGCCUUGGGAUCGACAAAAAGUAGACCGCAAGUAAUUAGUGUUGUGGCUUCCUCCCGUUACGUUGGACCCCGGAUCAAUCGAUUUCCCCGUGCCCCUGAUUUUUUCCCACGGAAAAUGCAACCGAACGGACUCCAGUGUUUCGUCAUCGCCGCUGUCGUUGCUCUGUGUAAGGUAGCUUCGCCGAGCCCGACGAGGCUCUCGAUCCGCGGCCUCUUCGACUCCUUCCUGGCGACCCCGGCGACCCUGGCGACUAGUCCGCCUCCGCAACCGCCGCCGGAGGCUCCAGUCGUGGCUGUGGUGGCCGCGGCCCCAGUCAACGCAUCCGCCACCAUCUCGACCUCGACAUCUACCUCGCCGCCCUCGCUCUUCUCCUCCAUGUCCGGGUGGUUCGCGCCGGUUGUGAGCCCGGCGGAGCUGGCGCGGCGCCGGGAGGAGGCGCUGCGGGCGCAGCGCGAGGAAGAGAAGCGGCGCAAGAUCGAGGAGAUCCGCCGCGUGGUCCUCAAGAUCCCGGGCGUGGAGCUCGCCGACCAGCUCACCCGCAAGACCGCCUCCGCCAUCGGACUCGGCCUCGGCUACAGCACCGCCCGCGCCCAGGCCCUCGUCAACGACUUCUACAACCGCCUCCGCGCCAAAGGCCAGCCCGCACCCGCCACCUAGGACCCAUUCAUCGCCGCAUUCGAAACUCGACUUACCGCCGGCCCAGCAGACUCAUUUGGACGUAUUUAUGCAAAAUGGUGCUAUUUGGACGUAUUUCUGUCACACCGCAAUCACACGUUGAAUGUGGGAGCUGAAUGUGGCUUGAAUAUGGAAGUCAUCGGCCCGAUGCCUGAAU